UCAAGAUGGACGACCUCUACACAGGAAAUGAAAUGUUAAAAUUUAAUUUUUAAUUUUUAUUUUACCAAAGAAUCAUGAUGAAGUUAAUUAACAUUACUUUGUUUACUCUUGCGACAUUAUUGUACGGGGUGUCGUGUCAACUCGUCGUGAACGUGAAAGACGAAGGCGGCGACGUCUUGGUUGAGUCGAUCCAUGCCAACACGUCGUCGGACACAUUGACACUGGAAUUCCAGAACACUGAUGGAACUCUAGUCACACAGUUCAUUGAUUUUAAAUCGGAAGCUCAGAUAUUCCGAGCGUAUGUGCCAGCAGAGGAGGAGUUGGGACAGUCGCAGUAUCAGGUUUUGUGUUUUGUGACUCGCUUCAGUAAAACUGACUUCAUAUCAUCGGACGCCAUGUCCAAACUGAGACAGAAGAACCCGACAGCUAUUCGAACCCCCGAGGAGCAAAAAGGGCCGGAGAUGCACAUUCAGGAUCUGCUGAUUGACAUCAACAAAGGUCACCUGAUCAGUCCGCAUCUCUACAACAUCUGCCAGGACGCGGUCGAUACGACGUACUUCCAGGAAAAUGAUCUCAAAACUAUUUCUCGAUCUCUUGGCAAAGACUACACGUCACUGAUGACAGCUGUGAAGAGACUGUAUCCACUGAAAUAUCCUCGCUGUAAGGAUGUCCCCAGUCAAGACUCAACUAAAAUUUGUCUGUGUCGCUACACGGUCUGUGUGGGCUGGUACCCGUGUGGGCUGAAGUACUGCAGGGGAAAGGACUCGACGGGGAAAGUCGUCAAUUACCGCUGCGGUAUUAAGACUUGUAAAAAAUGUAUCGUCUUUGAGCACGUGGCUAAACAAAAACUGUUGUGCUUGUGGGACAACACCUGAAAGAAUGUUAAAUUGUUGACAGUUGAAGUAUAAGAAACAAUGCAGGCAUUGAAUUUGAGCUUCCCUUUUCUUUCAGGAUUCUGUUGAAAUCUUAAAAUGAUGUAAUAUAGAUAUUUUGUUAUUUCAUCUCAUCAUCUUAUGCUUCCGACCCAAAAACUGUGAUUUGCGAAAGCACCGAAUUUUGCCGAGUUCGCAGCCUGUGGGGAAAUAAUUUAAACUUUUAUGUUUACCAUAGCAUGUGUUGUGACUAUAUUCUUGCCUUUGUAGUCUUACCCUGACCUUUGACCUCUUAACUAUGGCAUUUUACCCUAUUCCAUUUCAUUGGCUGUUGGAAUGUUCCCAAAAUCUGAAAUUUGUGAAAGCAGAUACAACCUGCAAUGUAUGUGGGAAAAUAAUGUAAAAUUUUAUAUUUCAUUGACUGUGGGGAUGUUCAGAUUGAUUAAUGGAAAAGGGGGUGGAAAGGUCACAGAUACAAGGUCAGAUUACAGUAAGUAUUCAUAAAAUUAAAAAGAAAAAGUAAUCAAAGUUUUUUUCAGAUUAUGAGAAGAAAAAAAGGGAUUGCAUGUUUUUUUCAUAUAUGAAAACCCCCCAAAAAACUGUUGAUUAUGAAAUUAUAACAAGACUAUUUUGCAGAAAAGUGUCAAACAGUGUAGUAAAAAUUGUGUAAAUGUUUAUAUUUUUAUAUUAAGUUAUAUGGCAAUAUGGCAACUGCAAUUUUAUUUGUUGGUUUAAAUGCCAAAGAAUGAAAAUAUGUUUUGAUUACCUUUAGCAGUUUUUUUGUUUGUUUUGUAAAUUGUGUGCAUGUAGCCAAAUAGUGUUCAGGGGCUUAAUUCACUAAACUCUCGUAACUUUGCGAUCUCACAGUGCAGUGCUAAAAGACUUGCAAAGAGGAUACUUUGUUGUCUAGCAGAGCCUAAGAGACCGUUGUGAAUUAGGCCCCAGAACAGUAGUCGAAGAAAGUUGAACAGUUCAAGUAUGGAACCCACCUGAAGUGAAAGAUAAUAUAAUACGGUUUUAUAUGGUCUUGUAUAGCAUGUUAUGUACCUUGAUAUUUCUGUACCAAUAAGGCUUUUUAUUAUUUGUUUGUUUUAUUUUAGUUUAUUUACCUUUUUUUCAGUUUUAGUAAGUUUUCAGAAAUUAUGUAUUUAUUCCUAUGAUGAAAAAAACAAAAGCACGACAAGCUUGUAAUCUAACACACUGAAUGAGAACCUUUAUACAUUUUUAUUAUAUUGGCUAUUUUUUUAAUGUACUAAUCAUGACUAUGAAAAAAAAAGAAGAGCUGUGCUUGUCAAAAAUUGUUCUUGCCUGUAAAUCCAUAUUAUAAUAUAUCUAUAUCCAUUUUAAUGAAUCAUUGAAAUAAUUUUCAGAUAUUUAUAUAUGAUCUUCCGUCAUUUUUACUAGCUUUUUUAAGUCAGGUUUUUUUUUCUUGAACAGUUUCUACGGCUAAACAUAGAAAUACACUACCAGGUAUUACACAGCUAACCUUUUGGUCUUAGCAUCCUGGAAAAUUUCUGGCACGUUGAAUUAAAUUUUUUAUUCCAAUAGCUUGGUUUGUUUACAGCAUAUUUUUGACAAUAGCUAUACGGUGUGUCAAAUAAUUUAGUUAUUUUGACACUUGGGGAAGGGAGAGAGAAAUAUAGAAACACAGACAGAGAAUGAGAGGAGGAAGAGAUGGUGGGGGGGGGGGGGGAGAUGAGAAAAAGAGAAAGACAGACAGACAGGGGAAAAGAGGAUGGGAGAGAUAGAAGGGAGGAGGAUAGAAACAGAAAGAAAGACAGAGAUGUUUUAUUUAACGACUUACUCACCGCAGAUAUUGAGAGAGAAAACCCACUGUCGGCACUUCAUGAGCACCAUCCCACAGACAGAGUAGUACAUACCAUGGCCUUUGACAUACCAGUCGUUGUACACUGGCUUGAACGAAUAGAGACCGAGAUAAGAGUGACGAAGAUAGAGAAAAAAGGAGACAGACAGACACAGAGAAAAAAAAGAGGGAGAGAGGUGGAGGGAGAGAGAGAGAUAAACACAUAAAGGGGUGGGGGAGAGAGAAGGAAGAGGAGGAGGGAGGAACUGUUAUUGCCACAUAGCUACUUGUAACAAAAAGCAAUAAGGGAUCUUUUAUUGUAAGUUCUAAACUAAGACCUGAAGAUAAUUGACUGUUACUAGUAUUUUUGUAGAAUGUUUAAACUGGUGCUACUCUUGUAUAUUGCCUGACUGUUAAUAUAGUCAUGCCUACAGCUGCUGACCCUUAGUUUCCGAGAUACGUACCGGUUUGUUUCACAUUAAAUCAGUUUUCAGAUAAACACCUAGGUGAGCACAGACAUGUUGGAUUCACCCACAUUAAUAAUUUAAACAUUAAAUUCUAAUAAUUAAUCAAAUAAUAAAAAAAUAUAUGCAAGUUAAUAGUUUUAUAAAAACCUGCAGUAGUGAAAAAUAUCUUAUUUCUAGGGUCAGUGGUUUUAAAACAAUUUUGCUUUGCUGUAUUGUAACUGGUCUGCCAUUUUGGUACCAGAUUGGUUAGUAGACAUAGUUAAAUUGAAGUGAUUAUUGAAAUAUAACACAACAAUCUCUAGUAUGGCUAAAACUGCAAAUAUUUGUGAGCAAACAAUAUAUUUUUAAUGUUGGCCUGGUCCAAACAUUUCACAUGCUAAUAUCUGUGAUAUUAAAAAAAAUUAUAUAUGCAAAAUGCUUAUCAUAUUCGACUCACGGGGUAUAGCGAACAUUACAAAUGUGGAGAGUGAAUGGAAAAUAAAUAUCUCUACUAACAAAAGUGAUCAUAUACCAUAAACAUACUAGUAAUCAAGGGAUGACAAUAAUCUGAUUGCAAUCAUAUCAGGUCAGUUGGUCUGUAACCAGUGCUUAUAUUUAAAAUUCAGCUGAUUUUAAUUACAGUAGAGUUAACAACUGAUUAUGUCCACACCCAAAAAAUAGUUGUUAACUAUUUCACAUUUUAAAUUUUAUUUAGGGUUUUUAAUUUUUUUAAUUUUUAAAAAGACAUUUAAGCGGGGUGUGGGUGACUUUUUGGGGUGGAUGGGGCAUUAAUGUAAUAAGCGUAAUGCAAUGCUAUUAUAAUCUUUUAAAAUAAAUACUUUUAUUUUUGGAUUUAAAAAAAUAUUUUAGAGAAUAAUAUUUGUUUUUGUGAAAACCAUCCAUGACUAUUAACAUACAUUAUUAUUAUUAUUAUUAUUUUAUUUUUUUUUGAGGUGGGGGGGGGUGCUUUUUUUUAAUAACUUACUGACUUAUAAUAUACUGCAUUUACUUUGAUAUUGACAACCAAUAUCUUACUACUAGAUUAUAGCCUACAUAUUGUUAUUACAAUAAAGAUAGAAAACCCCUGCCAAAACUUUCGUAAUGAUUUUGAUUCUAGUGCAUGAUUAGUAAUACAUUGUACUACAAUAGCUUUAUACACAAAUUUAUAUGCAAAAUGCUUUGAUAUAAAAUAAAAAUUAUUAUGCAACAAA